AUAUUAACGAGUAUAGUACAAAUGGCUGACCGUGCCUUUGUCUAUAAAUAGCCUUAAACGGUGUCUCAUGGUUCACCUCCGAAUAGGCUAUAACCAGAGACUUUGCUAUAACACGCGAACAAGCCAUGGGAAUAUCUCUUUGCGAAGUCACCCCUGGGGACGCCCUUUUUAACGCCUGAAUGCGGUGGGGGAUGGUAGUGGUGGUUGGCUUGGCACCUCAAGACUACAAUUGCCAUGAGCUUUUGUCGAUCGGUUGACCUGUCUGAAUCGGCUGUCAUGAAUCUGAGAGUUAACCCACAAUUAAUUAGCCAAGAUGCGGCGAUACAUGCGUGUUCUAGUUCUGUGCAUGGUGUUAGCGUUUUUCUCUGCGCUUUAUGUGUGUAGCCAUCUCUCCUCGUUGGGGACAUUUGAGUCCGUAGCCGUAGUUGGGGAUCUUGCUUUCUCACGAUCCGCUUCCCUGCAAAGCGACGUCGGGAAGAUAGCUAGGCAAUGGCCGGAGACAAGGGGCCCAGGGGAUCUGCAGGAUUACAGGCACGGUGCUGGGGAUACUGGCUCCUCCAGCGCUCCUCCCCCACCUCCUCAGAGGGGGAGAGGGAGAGAGGAGCCCAUGCACCUGGCAGUGGUGGCGUGUGGAGACAGGCAGGAGGAGACACUGACCAUGCUGAAGUCCGCCAUGCUGCUCAGUGCCAGACCAGCGAGCUUCCACAUCUUCGCUGAGGAGCAGCUUCACCAGGGCUUCAGGGAUCAGCUGGACUCCUGGCCCAGUAUGUACCGCUCCAAGUUUAACUACACCAUCUACCCCAUCACGUUCCCUGGGGAGAACCAGGAGGAGUGGAAGAAACUCUUCAAGCCCUGUGCCUCUCAAAGGCUUUUCCUACCGAUUCUCCUGAAGGAAGUGGACUCGUUGAUAUAUGUGGACACGGACAUCCUCUUCUUGCGUCCGCUGGAGGACGUUUGGGCGCUGCUGUCGCGGUUCAACUCCACCCAGCUGGCGGCCAUGUCCCCCGAGCACGAGGAGCCUCGCAUCGCCUGGUACAACCGCUUCGCCCGCCACCCCUUCUACGGCACCACCGGGGUCAACUCCGGGGUCAUGCUCAUGAACCUAACCAGGAUCCGCGCCGCCCACUUCAAGAAUGACAUGACCUCCGUGGGCCUGCGCUGGGGGGAGCUCCUGGUGCCUCUCUACCACAAGUACAAGCAGAACAUCACCUGGGGAGACCAGGACCUGAUCAACAUCGUCUUCCACUACAAUCCUGAGAACUUGUAUGUCUUCCCUUGCCACUGGAACUUCAGGCCCGACCACUGUAUCUAUGGUAGCAAUUGUGAUGCUGCCAAACAAGCGGGCGUGUUCAUUCUCCAUGGCAACAGAGGGGUGUUCCAUGACUCCAGGCAGCCGGCGUUUAGGGCCAUCUACGAUGCCAUCAAAAAGUUCCCUUUCGAGCAGGAUCUGGUGAGCGCCCUGCUCGCCCCCUUGGAGGUGGAACUGAACAGGACCACUCACACGUACUGUGGACAGGUGCACCACCUGCUCACACAGAACUAUGGCCCCACCUUAAUAGACAUCCAAAGAUCCCGAGACCAAGACAGAUGACCUGGGGAGGGGUGGGUGGGUGGUGGGGGUGGGUGUGAGGGGGGUGACGGCUGAUUGCCUCCAUCCGUUAAAGCCAGUUAUGUCCGCACUCUCCACCGCUGGUGAUGGUUACCACACGGUGCGGUGCAUGGUUGGUUAGCAGCGGCACCUUUUUUCUUUGUUUUGACCACGUCCGAAUGAACGGUGAGAUCCGUGUUCUCGGCCAGGCCUUCAUUAAGCUGUGAUGGUGUGUGGACUGGACUGGACUGGACUGGACUGGACUGGUCGGUCUUCUUGGCGGAGCCUUCUUCAAAGUUUGAUAUGAAAAGGGACACAGAGGAUUGGACUUGCACAGACUGGACUUCUGCAGCAGUGCUGUCGUCACUGAGCUGCUCAGGGUGGAGAGAGGAGAGGAGCAGUGUGUUGGGCUCAAGAGAGAGGAGAGGAGCAGUGUGUUGGGCUCAAGAGAGAGGAGAGGAGCAGUGUGUUGGGCUCAAGAGAGAAGGGGAGACUGGCGCAAGGAGGAUCCUGAGAAAUUGGUGGAAAUUCUGAAAGCACAAAAAACUCUUUUAUCCCACUAAACCACCGCCCUCUAAAUACCUGUGAAACUGACAUCUGGGCAACUGACCUCCAGAUGUUUUUGCAUGCCUUGAGCUCUGAAUGUCAGUGUUGUUUUAUUCAUCCAUGUAGAAACCCCCCCCCCCCAGGAACAACUGGAUGUUAGUAUUUCCACCUGUUGGUGGCUCGUGUUGGUUCCUCUAAGCGGAUCUUGAGCACUCCUCACCAUCGAUCAUCACUGGACGUGUCUCAGGAGUUUGAGCUCACACAGAACUGGAUGACUUCACACUACUGAGCCAAAUAUGUUUCAUCCAUAACUGGGAAACAAGUCAUGCUUCUGCUAAGUUUCUUUUGUGACCUAGCUAGCAGGUUAGCAGGAUUAGGAAACCUCCCCCUCACCACACAGCAUCCUGCUGGUUUAAGGCAGCCUUGUAUAAAAGGCUGUUUCCGUUCUACACGUCUCGUCAAAGGAAUAAAUAGCUGUGUUGGGGAAAGGUAUUGCAGUUCAGCGUCCCCUUGGCAGAUGAAUGUAUUUACUGCUAUGGCACGCUUCUUCCUAGGAGAAUUAGGUCUUAGGGGUCGGGUCUGCACAGAGAUGCUUACUGCCUCUUCAUUUAGGUGAAGAAAGUCAUUUUUACUCUCCGAUGAAUGUUUUUUUUGUGUGGUAAUUUUGCUCUUUUGUUUUUGUGCUUGUUUGUUUUGCUGAAUUUGUUUUAGAAUACAAGAACGUGUAUAUUUUUAAAGAGUGUUGAUUAUUUUCAAAGAAAUAGUAUCUUUGUUUUAAAAGAGUUAUGCAUAUGCGUUUAUAAGUUGACAUGUUGCCAAAAAAGAUUUUGUACAUUUCUGUGUUAGCUCUUGUUUUUAGUAUUUUUUUUCGGGUUUUCAAUAUUCAAAAUAUGUGUUAUUGUGUGCAACAAACAAAAUACAGGGACUUCUCUGAAAAAAACACUUAAUAGAACAGGAGAACCUGAGGCCUUCCCCGGUCACUUGAAUAAGUCAUUUUUAGUUUCCAUUUCUAAAUACAACAAGCAAAUAUGAAAAUGAAUGUAUUUCAAACAUUUUGUGAUUGUUAUUUGUUUCCACUAGGUGGCACUGCCUUUUCAUGAGAUGUGAAAUUAAUCAUGAUUGCAGGUGAUAUUCAUGGUAUUCUGGUAUUCUGUAGGCUACGGUGUGCAAGGAUGUUGCAUCCUCAGUGAACCAUCUCGGUCUUUGUGGGACUAACUCCUUUUAAACCCAUCCUAUCAGGAAGGCAGGUCACUAUUUCAGAACAAUUGAUAGUCUUUCAACCUGUUAUGCCUGUUCGUUCAGAUAUACGAUCACUGGACAAGACCGUUCGGACAAGAAUAACUAGAUGUCGGAGGUGACUCACCGCCGUGUAAACUUGUUGGUCAAAAUCAAUAUUAUUGACUUGACUCGAUUCCUGGAAUGACGGGCAUCCAUGACAUAGAAAAAACAACAGUA